UUUUCAUCCCGGAAGAAAGCCAUAAAGGUCUGUUUAUUGCCCAAAGCUAACAAUUGGCUUGUCUCAACUCUCAUAUCCUAACCCCCGCACUAUGGGGUUUCCAGGACAAAGUCAAACUAAGCAAGGCCAUGGAAGUUGAAACAGAGGACUUCCCUCUAGGAUCAUCAUCUAUAGUCUUCGGUUCAAGUUAAGCUCGAUUUAAUCUUAAUUUAUUGUCGUUGAUUUCUUUUUACCGUUGGUGUCCAUACUUAUUUGUAAUUGUACAUUUGUAUUAUCUCUUGUUCAGUAGUUCUAUUGUGUUUUUUUUUUUAAUUUUUUACCGGAAAACUUGAUUUAUGUCUGGAAUUAUUUUCCCUAGCAGCUGAGCGUUAAGCUCUGAGUUCUAAAAUGUCCACUUCAGGGAAUGAAGAUUAUAAUCAGAGGAAUACUCCGGUCAUGGAAGAUUCUUCUUCAAUGACGAUUGAAUUUCUUCGGGCACGGUUAUUGUCUGAAAGAUCUAUCUCACGAGCAGCAAGACAGAGAGCUGAUGAACUGACCAAGAGGGUUGCACAGCUGGAGAAACAGCUUAAGACUGUCACUCUUCAAAGAAAGAAAGCUGAGAAGGCCACAGAAACUGUCCUCGCUAUUUUAGAGAACCAUGGUGGCAUUGGUGAUGAUGCUUCAGAUGAUUUCGAUUCCAGUUCUGAUCAGGGUACUGAUUUUCCCCAUUGUAAUGAUGAGUGCAAGGAUGAUGAGUAUUCAAUGGAUAUACAUAUGGAGGUCCGAGAUAUUAAUGGGGAGACCAACUCAAACUCUGAGGUUGAAUCCUCUCCGCUAUUGGUAGAAACUUGUCUUGGAGAAGUGGUAGAGAAUCUAUGCAUUCUUUGACUCGGAAGAAAUACACGAGCUCUUCUAGAAGUUCAUGUAGUUUUGCAUCAAGUGCUUCUUCAUUCAAGCUUGUUGGUAAAUCAUGUCGGCGGAUAAGGCGUGGCAAAACAAUAUCAGCUGUUGAAGAGACAUAUGGUGACUCUACUGCGCAAACUGCUAAGUAUGAUUCGGGAACCACACACGCUCAGGAUCUUAACGGAUUAACAGACUUUGGUAUUGAGUCACCAAAAAGUGGCAUUCAACGCCGUGCUGAAAAUGGUGAAUUGGAAUUUCCUUCUUUUCAGGUACUUAAAAGGCAAACUCAAGCAGAUAAUGGCAGCAGCUUAAACCGCCACAUACAUGUGGGCGACAAAGCCAUGGAAAAAGCUAUACAACACCAAGCAGAACUUAUAGGUCAGUAUGAGGCUGAGGAGAGAGCACAGAGAGAGUGGGAAGAAAAAUACAGAGAAGAUUCCAGCUUUAUGAUGGAUUCUUCACGUGAUCUGGGAAACCAUUCAGACGUGACCGACGAAAGAGAUGACAUAAGAGCAGCAUGUCAUCAUGAGCCACCAUCAUCUCCUAAGAACAUAGACCAUGAGAUGGCAGGUAGUAGACACUCAAAUGAAGCUCAAGGUGAUCAUUCUCCAUCCCAUAGUAGACACUCAAAUGAAGCUCAAGGUGAUCAUUCUCCAUCCAAUAGUAGACACUCAAAUGAUUCUCAAGAUGAUCAUUCUCCGUCCCCACCACCGCCUGUCAAAAUGAACUGCAACAAAACAGAUGUUUCCGGGUCAUCGUCACCAGACUUCGCUUUCCCCUCUAUGUUAAAGGUAAACAACUCCUUAGAACAACAUGCUUCAUCCUCUUCUAAUUCACGAAAUCCCGACAACGUUUCUGAAGGAAAAUACGAGCUUGCUUUGGUUUCAAACGAGGUAAACAGUAAUGUCCAAAACGUCCUUGGGGCACUUGAACAAGCUAAACUUUCACUGAGAGGAAAUCUCAGCAGUAGCUUCCAACAGGUACAAGGCGACAGUCUUUUUAGAUUACCAACGGACUUACGCUGGGAUCCAACAACUUCACCAAGAAUAAGCUACUCUUCUCCUCCAUUAUUCAGAGUGGCCAAACGUACCCCUGCUGAAGCUUCUUCUGAUGUGUUCUACCGCAGCAAUUUCAUGGAGACUAGAAAUGCAGAAGCAUGGAGGCCACCAAUGUUUGAUCCAUUUUCCAAUAUACCCUCGUUCACAGGAUUAUUACCAAAAUUAUCCUCUCGGAGUGGAUUUUCAGCCACCAUUCCUUCGACACGCUUCUCACCUCCCGAUUAUCUUAUCAGACCACAUAUGUAUAGGUAGUACUAAUCUCGCCUUCUCUUUUCCAUACCAGUUAUGGCUAUUCAUUUGAACUGUAUGAGCUUACAUAUGUAUUUGUAUAAUAGUAUGUAUUCAGUAUUUAUAUACUUCGUAUUAAACACUAACAUAUACAUGUACAUGUAUGUACUCACGUAUAUGUGUGUGUAGGCAAGGCUUGGUGCCGAAUGCUUUAAUAGGUUGUACAUUGUAUUAUCAUCUUAGAUUUACUUGACAUGUAUGCUUGUAAGUUGUAAUGGAUGGAUAUGCAGCCUCCAGCCUUUAAAGAUAAUAAAUAAUA